UUACAUAAACUCCAAUAGACGCGUGCUGCCUCUUCCUCUGUUUAUCAGACUUUUUUCUCUUUCUGUGAUCAGCUGUUGUGGAGAGGCUGAUGACAUAUUUCCGCUUUCACACCCGACAUUACAGCAACAAGGCUGGGGACAGCAAGACGACGGUAUCAGAGGACCUAACAGCAGGUUUGGUGAGGCAGAUGUUGUAGAGGUGGAACGCCACCCCCCACCCAGCACAACAAGGACUAUUUCAGGUUUUUUGCUGAGCAUAAAAUGGUGAGGCUUUGAGUAAGUUUUCCCCUCAGAUGAGUCCUGAGUUAUGAUAUUGAACUCUUCUUGAGCUCAGGUCUUCAGAGCCCACACUAUUACUAAUAUGAGCCAUGGACUCUGGAGCAGCUGAUAGUCCUGUAACCCUGGUCAUAAAGGCCCCCAACCAGAAGUAUGAAGACCAGACCAUAAACUGCCUCCUCAACUGGACCGUGGAGAAGCUGAAGAGUCACAUCUCCAACGUAUACCCUAGCAGGCCGCUGUCCAAAGACCAGCGGCUGGUGUACUCAGGAAUGCUCCUUCAGGACCACCUGCAGCUCAGAGAUGUGCUUAGAAAGCAGGAUGGUUACCACAUGAUGCACCUAGUGUGUGCCUCUCACAGUCCUCCAGGCUCGCCCACGCCUCGCAGCCCCUCCAUGGCCACCUUUUCAGCUCCUGACUCCAGCGGUUCAGACAGUGUUGGCUCCGCCUCCCCUGCCACCACACCAAGACAGGACAAUCAGUCAGCUGCAUCCUCCACCUCCGCUGUCCCAGGAAGUUAUGAUGGGCUGAGGUAUCGUGGCGGCUUUCCCCAGUACAACCCUCAGAACCCCCCCGGUGUCCCUCAGUGGCCAGAUGGAGCCCAGGUUCCUUUACAAGGUGGCCUCCCUGCCAACAUGCCCCCACACCCCAUGUACAUGCCCAUGCAGAUGCUGUGGUGGCAGCAGAUGUACGCACGCCAUUACUAUAUGCAAUAUCAAGCAGCAGUAGCCGCCUCUCAGCCUCCCAGCACCCCCCCUCCCUCCUCCUCUCCCCUUCAGCCAGCCCCGCUGAAUGAAGCUGUGCAGCCCCCGCUUGGCCCUAACCCGGCCCCAAACCCCUUACCAGAGAACCAGCCGGCCAAUCCCAACAUCCAGAUGAACGCGCAGGGCGGGGCGGUGUUAAAUGAUGACGACUCCUUUAGCCACUUCAUCAUGGUGGUCGGUGCCAUGCUGCUUGUCUACCUGCACCAGGCUGGUUGGUUUCCCUUCAGGCUGGAGCAGCAGAACCUCAGAGGAGGAGACAGGGCUGGGGCUCCUCAGGAGGAAGCAGAGAGACACCAGGACAUACAGGAAAUGGAACGUUUGAUGGAUGAGGGGAUGGAGGAUGAUGACAGCGGUGAGGAAGGAGGCGGGGCCCCUGAGGACCAGGCCCAGGCUGCUGCUGUUCUCCCUGACCCGAACUUCCUCACCACCAUAUGGUCCUUCAUCAGCACUUUCUUCACCUCACUCAUCCCUGAAGGACGGCCCCACCCGGCCAACUAGGUAGACCCCUUACCUCUCAGAUACUUCUCUUCCUGGUACAGCCUACAGAAAUUCCCACCUUCAUCUUUACCAUCCUAAAUAACUCAUUUAUCUGAAAAACCAUCUUCAGAUACUCCUGUAUGGUCAAGUACUGUCUUAUCCCAGAGCACCCAGUACAACACAGCCAGCUGGCUACAAGCCUUCUAUUUGUUGCCAACAAAUGAACUGAUAUUUAAAAUAGCCUACUCCUCCAGAGGUUUAAGAGCAGAUGCAGUGUGAGUUCUGCAGGGGGCAGAAGAAUAAAUAAACCCUUAGAAAAGAAAUAUCAUGCUGUGCUAACAGAGGUGUGAAUGUUUUUUUUUUGAUUGUUUGUUUUAUGGCUCAUGAAUCCAUUGAGACGCUGGAGGGAGCUGUCUUCCAUUUUAAGCAGUGAUAAAGUCAUGCUUUUGAGACUUUUCAAACAAGGGAUGUGACUCAGAUGAAGGAAAAAAAAAACAAAACGGGAGUCUCCCUGAAACGAGAGGGAGGUGUGUGUCCUUAACAAACCACAUCCCUAAAGACAUUUUCAUGUAUGCACACGAUGUGCAUAUAGACAUUGCAGCUACUGAAGCACAUUGUUUUCCCACUUUAUGUAUUUAAACAUGAUCUAUUUACACAUGUAAGUAUAAACAUCUUUAAUUCCUGAAUAUAUGCUUUUUUUUUUUUCAAUAAAAAUCUUG